GCUGUGGACAUAGAUUUCCGGGAAAAUUCUGACGCAAACAGAGAGAAAACGGCGACUAUGAGUGUCGGAAUCAGUUUGAGCUCUUCGCUGUCUCUGUGGGAUUCCUCAUUCCCUCCCUCGUUUUCCGUCUCCUUCAAGAAAAUCGGAGCUUUUGGUCAAGGAAUACUCCAAACAGGAUCCGAUGUUAAUCGGAAGGAUUUGUGCGGAUCUUUCCGAAGACGCAGAACCACUCGAACCUCAGCGAUUAUGGCGACUGGCAAAAUCGAAGAAGCAUUACCAUUGGAGCUGGAUUUCACUUCUGAACCACUUCAAGUGUUCGAUGGAACGACAAGGUUGUACAUAUCCUACACAUGCCCAUAUGCUCAGCGCGUAUGGAUUGCCCGAAAUUACAAGGGUUUGCAGGAGAAGAUAAAACUGGUUCCCAUUGAUCUGAAAAACAGGCCACCUUGGUACAAGGAAAAGGUCUAUGCAGCUAACAAGGUUCCAGCGCUAGAGCACGAUAACAGAGUGAUAGGAGAGAGUCUUGAUCUGAUCAAGUACAUUGAUACCCAUUUCGAAGGCCCUUCACUUGCUCCCGACGGUCCCGAGAAGGAAGAAUUGGCCGACGAGUUGCUCUCAUACACUGGCUCCUUUUACAAGGCCGUGACUUCUACGUUCAAAGGGGAAGGCAGUGAUGAUGCUGAUGCCGCAUUCGAUUACGUCGAAAAGGCUCUUUCCGGAUUCGAGGAAGGACCGUUCUUCCUUGGGCAAUUCAGUCUGGUUGAUGUUGCAUAUGUUCCUUUCAUAGAGAGAUUCCACCUUUUCUCAAAGGAUGUGAUGAACGUUGACAUCACCUCUCAGCGACCUAAUCUCGCCCUUUGGAUUCAGGAGAUGAACAAGAUCGAAGCUUAUGCUCAAACCCGACAAGAUCCACGUGAACUUGUCGAAAGAUACAAGAAUCGGUUCCUGGCUACCUAAAUGUAUCAUCAGAGACACAUAUAGAGAACAAGAAACAACAAAACUCUCUUCUGUAAUAGAAAACAUGCUUGCCAUUGUACUGUAAUGGAAUGAGCUCAACAUAUUUGUAUUA